AUGAAUGAAAAUAACCGAUUAUACGACCUAUCAGUAUUACCUGAUGAUGUUUUCACAUAUUGUGGUGAUAAAUUUUUUCAAUUGGUUCUUACUUUAGUUGGAAGUGAUAUUGUUGAAAUACUCAAAAUACAAUCAAUCAACUCCACACAAUCGUUUAUCAACACCAAAAAUGCAUUGAGUAUUUUUCAAUUAAAUAUUCCCGAAUUAUCAUUGAUUAAAGAGAGAUCAUGUUUUAAAUUAUCAAACGGCGAUUUCGUCACUAAAAUUGGUAUAGAAAAUGGUUUAAAAUAUCUUACUUCUAUAAUUAAAUUAAAACAAAAUGAACAACAAGCAAGAAUGGUUGGCAAUACUAAUAUUGAGAAUAGAUUAUAUGAUUUAAUAAAUCGUAAUCCAUUACUGAAAUCAUUAUUUUCUUGGUAUGAUCAACAACAACAAGAAGAAGAUAAUGGUAUUGAUCAAAGAACAUUCCUAUCUUCAUUGAUCGAUAAUAUAACAAAUAAUUUAUCAAAAUCAAAAAAUCAAUAUCGUUAUAAUGAUUGUGUAAAACGGUUUGCUGUUUGUUUCUGGGUAAUUCAUAAAAGAUGA